CUCUGAGCUCAAAGAAGGACCGGGAAGUUUCUGCACAAGUCGCAGAAAAGGAUUCUGUGAGUAAACAGUUGAGCAUGAUGCAUCAAGAUUACGCUAACAAGAAAGUGGAGGCAGCACUAGCUACCGAAGCAGCACUAAAGCUCCAGCAGAGUGUCGAUGAGCUUAAGGUAUUGGCCCAAAAGAAGGAUGAUGAGAUUGCUAGACUCCAAGCACAAGCUGCGGGGGCCAAAAUGAACUUGCAGGAAACACACUCCUUGGUGAAGGAGAAAGAUGAUGAGACCCCAAGACUCAAAAUUCGGCAACCUAUGUCUGUUCUAAGGCCCAUCAAGGAUAGCAAUGAGACACAUAAAAAAUCCAGGUCUGAUGAUCCAGCUGUAAGUGGCAAAUCCAGAAACAAUGUAGGAAAAGAUGGGCAAGAUGAAACUAGUCAGAAGCGCAGGCGUGUCUCUUCCACAUCUGAUCGUCAGCACACAGUACGCCAACAUCAUGGGAGUACUUUGCCACCCUCGUUUGCAGCCAGCCUGGUAAAGCUCAAGGAGAUGGAACAUCAGCCCAAGCUGGAGCAGGUUUAGUCGUCUUUGCUGACUGAUAAUUCAAGCUUGUUAACUACGAAUAGCUCAUCUGAUGAUCACUGCGGCUUCUUGUAAAUUGAUACUUAUG